GAGCUUAUCUCGGUGCGCAUCGUCAGCAUCAGUUUAAAGUCCUCUCUGACAGCCGCUGCCUUCGCCCGGUCCUCUUCCCCCCUCCCCGCCUGGUUCCCUCCCCGGCGGUCAUCCCGGCUCGUUUCCGAGUUCGGUCGGGACCGUGGGAGCGCGUCCGAUCGCCGUCUUCAACUUGGGGCGCAGAAAGAGGGGAAAAGUCCUGUGGAUUCUCCGUACGCUGAGCGGCCGCCCGCACCUUCCGUUGGACGCGUUGAAGUGCUUCUUAAGGAGAAUUCUGCGGAGAUUUUCUUGCUCUUUCGUUCCUCAAGGAUGAAGCGGCACAGCGGACCCUGAACAGCUCCCGUUUCUAACUUCACGUUCCAGGAUGAACCAUGAGCAAAGGUUGUGAGGACCUGUUUCUAGCAGCGAGGCAGUGAGCUCACGGUGGAUACAGCAUGCAUGUGUCGACGUAUCCCAUGAUGCACUCUGCCAGUCCAGGCCUGCUCCUCCUCAGCUUCCUCUUCCUCGCCGAUGCCGACUCACCCCCCAGGUUUACACGAACCCCCGAAGACCAGACAGGAGUCCAGGGGGGAGUGGCCUCCUUUGUGUGCCAGGCCACGGGGGACCCACAGCCCAAGAUCGUCUGGAACAAGAAGGGCAAAAAAGUCAGCAACCAGAGAUUUGAGGUCAUAGAGUUUGACGACGGGUCCGGCUCGGUCCUGAGGAUCCAGCCGCUGAGGACCCCCAGGGACGAGGCCAUUUACGAAUGUCACGCCUCCAACUCUGCAGGAGAGCUCACUGCCUCCACCCGGCUCAGUGUGCUACGGGAGGACCAGCUGCCCCCGGGGUUUCCCACCAUAUACAUGGGCCCCCAGCUGAAAGUGGUGGAGCGAUCCCGGACCGCCACUAUGCUCUGCGCUGCUAGCGGCAACCCUGACCCAGAAAUUACCUGGUUCAAGGACUUCCUGCCGGUCAACACGUCCAAUAACAACGGACGAAUCAAGCAGCUCCGCUCAGAGUCCUUUGGUGGCACGCCCAUACGAGGUGCCCUGCAGAUAGAGAUGAGCGAGGAGUCGGACCAGGGGAAGUAUGAGUGUGUGGCCACCAACAGCGAUGGGACACGCUACUCCACCCCAGCCAACCUCUACGUCAGAGAGCUGCGAGAAGUCCGCCGCGUCCCCCCGCGCUUCUCCAUCCCCCCAGCCGACAGCGAGAUCAUGCCGGGGGGGAACGUCAACAUCACCUGCGUCGCCGUGGGCUCCCCGAUGCCCUACGUGAAGUGGAUGCUGGGGGCGGAGGACCUGACGCCCGAGGACGACAUGCCCAUCGGCCGCAACGUCCUGGAGCUGACCGACGUGCGCCAGUCCAACAAUUACACGUGCGUCGCCAUGUCGACGCUCGGCGUGAUCGAGGCGGUGGCGCAGAUCAUCGUGAAAGCCCUGCCAAAGGCCCCUGGUAACCCCGAGGUGACGGAGAGAACUGCGACGAGCAUCACACUCACCUGGGACUCGGGCAACCCUGAGCCGGUCUCCUAUUACAUCAUUCAGCACCGUGCAAGAGGGUCCGAGGACCCCUACAAGGAGAUCGAUGGCAUCGCCACCACGCGCUACAGCGUGGGCGGCCUCAGCCCGUACUCCCACUACGACUUUCGGGUGGCGGCCGUCAACACAAUUGGCCAGGGCCCCUCCAGCGAGGUGGUGGAGGCCCGCACAGCUGAGCAGGCCCCCUCCUCGCCUCCCCGGCAGGUCAGAGGUCGCAUGCUGAGCACGACCACGGCAAUCAUCCACUGGGACGAGCCCGAGGAACCCAACGGGCAGGUGGUGGGCUACAGGGUCUACUACACCUCGGACAACUCGCUGCCAGUCAACCAGUGGGAGAAGCAGAUGGUGCGCAGCGCCCACUUCAUCACCAUCCAGGGGUUGACUCCCAACAAGACAUACUACAUCAGAGUGCUGGCCUUCACCUCCAUGGGAGACGGGCCGCUGUCUCAGGACCUGCAGAUCAUAGCCAAGACCGGAGUUCCAUCCCAACCUUCAGAAUUUAAGGGCGAGGCCAAGUCCGAGACCAGUAUCCUGUUGUCGUGGGUCGCGCCGCCCCAGGGCGGCCCCGACAACCUGAUCACGGGCUACGAGCUGGUCUACCGCCGAGCUGACGACACGGAGGAGAAGAAAGUGAGCUUUGAGCCCUCCACCUUCCACCUGCUGAAGAACCUGAAGCCUUUCUCCAGCUACACCUUCCAGCUGGCCGCCCGGAGCAGGCACGGCAUCGGGGCGUACACCAACGAGGUGUUCAUCGACACGCCGCAGACGCUUCCGUCGGCGCCGCCGCAGGACAUCACAUGCGCCAGCCCCAGCUCUACCAGCAUCCUGGUAAGUUGGGCUCCGCCCCCUGUGGAGUUUCAAAACGGCGUCAUCUCCGGAUACUCCAUCCAGUACUCCACGACCGAGGGCGGCCGGGUGUCUAAAAGCGUGGAGGGGAUUCCUCCGGAGAGUUCUCCGUUCCUCCUGGAGGGCCUGGAGAAGUGGACCGAGUACGGCGUGACGGUACGGGCGCAGACGGAAGCCGGGGACGGGCCGGAGAGUUUACAGCUGCUCAUCCGCACGGAGGAAGAUGUUCCAAGCGGUCCUCCGCGAGGGGUGGAGGCGGAGACUGUGAACGCCUCGGCCGUUAGGGUGAAAUGGCGAGCUCCAGCUCCCGAACGGCAGCACGGCCACGUUCGAGGCUACCAAGUCCACUAUGUGAGGACGCACUACGGAGAACCUCAGGGUCAGCCGCUCAUCAAGGACAUCCUCAUGGAGGACGCUCAGAGGGAAUAUGGUGACUCAACUGAAUAUGAGGUGGUUCUGGGAGACCUGAGGGCGGACACUGCCUACUCCGUGUCGGUGGGGGCUUACACCGCCAAGGGCGACGGCGCGCGCAGCAAACCUGUUACCGUGUGCAGCGCCCUGCCGCUGCCCGAGAAGCCCAGGCUGAGUGUGAGCGCCACCGACUCGGGGACGGCUCUGCUUCAGUGGCACCCGCAGCCCAACCCGCCCACGCCGCUCCUCGGGUACCGCCUGACCUUCGGCCGCCUCGACGUCCUCCCCUUCACCGUGGUGGAGUUCCCCACCAAGGAGAGCCGCUACACGGCCCAGGACAUCCACAAGGGCGCCAAGUACGUGUUCCGCCUCUCCUCCCGGAACAAAAUGGGCUACGGCGAGGAGGCCCUCGGGGAGCUGACCACUCCGGAGGACGCCCCCAGCGGCUACCCGGAAAACGUCGUCCUGGAGGAGGCGUCCGCCGACUCCCUCCGGCUGGCGUGGAAAUCCGUCCCGCUGCUCGAGCAAAACGGAAAGAUCCGCAAGUACUCGGUUCUGUACAAGGACGUGAACAGCAGGGGAAACGCCUCGGAGGCGGAGGUGGCCGCGCCGGGGGCGGCGGUUCUGUUGGAGGGCCUGAGUGCCGACACCGUGUACGAAGUCAGGUUGUGCGCGUCCACCGCUGUCGGCGCCGGGCCGCUCAGCCCCGCCGUCCAGUUUAGGACGCGGCGGCUGGACCAAGUUUUCGCCACCAACUUCAGAGUAAAAGCGUCCAUGAAGAACUCGGUCCUGCUCUCCUGGGAGAUACGAGACAAGAACCCGACCCAGCCCUUCACUAUCCUCUAUGGGAAGGGCCAGUCCGUGGAGGUGGACGGGAAGCAGACCCAGAAGCUGAUCGCCGGCUUGGAGCCGGACACGCUCUACUCCUUUCUGCUCACCAACCGGGCCAACAGCGCCGGGGGCCUGCAGCACCGCGUCACCGCCACCACCGCUCCGGACAUCCUGAAGACCAAGCCCACGGUGGUGGGCAAGACCAACGCGGACGGCAUGGUGACGGUGCAGCUGCCCACCGUGCAGACCGCGGCCAAAGUCAGGGGUUACUACGUGGUGGUGCUGCCGCUGAAGAAGCAGAGAGGAGGGAAGUUCCUCAACCCCUGGGAGGAGCCUGACCAGAUGAACCUGGAGGAGCUCCUGAAAGAGAUGAACAGGACCGGCGUCAGCCGCGCGCUGCGCAGCCGCAGGCAGGCCGGCCAAUCAGAUCCCAGGGCCUACGUCAGCGCUCACUUCAAGACCCUCCCCCUGGAGUUCACCCUGGGCGACGGGCGCGACCACGGCGACUUCCGCAACCGUCCGCUGCAGAACGGGCAGGAGUAUGUUUUCUUUGUGCUGGCGCUGUUGGACCUCUCCGAGAACACCAUGUACGCCACCAGCCCUUAUUCUGAUCCCGUGACCUCAUCGGGCGUGGACCCUCAGCCCAUCGUGGACGAGGAGGAGGGCCUCCUGUGGGUGGUGGGGCCCGUGCUGGCUGUCAUCUUCAUCGUCUGCAUCGUCAUCGCCAUUCUGCUGUUCAAGAGCAAACCUGACAGGAAACGGGCGGAGGCCGAGGGCAGGAAGGGCAGUUUCCCCUGCAGCAAGGCCAUGUCGUCCCACCACCCCACUGAUCCCGUGGAGCUCCGCCGCAUCAACUUCCAGACUCCAGCCUACCGCGUGUCCGUGUACCGCGGCUACCGCCGCUUGUCAAGCAUGGCGAGUCACCCGCCCGUCCCCAUCUCCGAGCUGGCGGAUCACUCCGAGCGCCUCAAGGCCAACGACAACCUCAAGUUCUCCCAAGAGUACGAGUCCCUCGACCCCGGGCAGCAGUUCACAUGGGAGAACUCCAACCUGGAGGUCAACAAACCAAAGAACCGCUACGCCAACGUCAUCGCUUACGAUCACUCCAGGGUGAUUCUCUCCAGCAUUGAGGGUGUCCCAGGCAGUGACUACAUCAACUCCAACUACAUCGACGGCUACCGCCGGCAGAACGCCUACAUCGCCACUCAGGGACCCCUCCCCGAGACCUUCGGCGAGUUCUGGAGGAUGGUGUGGGAGCAGCACACGGCCAACAUCAUCAUGAUGACCAAGCUAGAAGAGAAGUCCCGGGUGAAGUGCGAUCAGUACUGGCCGACCCGCGGCACAGAGACCUACGGCCUGAUCCAGGUCACUCUGCUGGACACGGUGGAGCUGGCCACCUACUCCGUCAGGACCUUCGCCCUUUACAAGAGCGGCUCCAAUGAGAAGCGCGAGGUGCGUCACUUCCAGUUCACCGCCUGGCCGGACCACGGAGUCCCAGAACACCCCACGCCCUUCCUGGCCUUCCUACGCAGGGUCAAGGCCUGCAACCCCCCAGAUGCCGGUCCCAUGGUCGUCCAUUGCAGCGCCGGAGUCGGUCGCACCGGCUGCUUCAUCGUGAUCGACGCCAUGGCGGAGCGGAUCAAGCAGGAGAAGACCCUGGACGUGUACGGCCACGUCACGCUGAUGCGCUCCCAGAGGAACUACAUGGUCCAGACGGAGGACCAGUACAUCUUCAUCCACGACGCGCUGCUGGAGGCCGUGACCUGCGGCAACACCGAGGUCCCCGCCAGGAACCUGUACUCCUACAUCCAGAGGCUGACGCAGAUGGAACCGGGCGAGAACGUCACCGGCAUGGAGGUGGAGUUCAAGCGUCUGGCCAGUGCCAAGGCCCACACAUCUCGCUUUGUGAGUGCCAACCUGCCGUGCAACAAGUUUAAGAACCGGCUGGUGAACAUCAUGCCGUACGAGACCACGCGAGUCAGCCUGCAGCCAAUCAGAGGGGUGGAGGGGUCGGACUACAUCAAUGCCAGCUUCAUCGAUGGAUACAGGCAGCAGAAGGCCUACAUAGCAACCCAAGGCCCGCUGGCUGAGACCACUGAGGACUACUGGAGGAUGCUGUGGGAACACAACUCCACCAUCGUGGUCAUGCUGACCAAACUGAGAGAGAUGGGACGGGAGAAGUGCCACCAGUACUGGCCCGCAGAGCGCUCCGCCAGGUACCAGUACUUUGUGGUGGAUCCCAUGGCGGAGUACAACAUGCCCCAGUACAUCCUGAGAGAGUUCAAAGUCACCGACGCCAGGGACGGCCAAUCAAGGACAGUUCGUCAGUUCCAGUUCACCGAUUGGCCGGAGCAAGGAGUGCCAAAGUCAGGGGAGGGAUUCAUCGAUUUCAUUGGCCAGGUGCACAAAACUAAGGAGCAGUUUGGCCAGGACGGGCCAAUCACCGUGCACUGCAGUGCUGGAGUAGGCAGGACCGGCGUGUUCAUCACCCUCAGCAUCGUUCUGGAGAGGAUGCGGUACGAGGGAGUGGUGGACAUCUUCCAGACCGUCAAGAUGCUGCGCACCCAGAGACCCGCCACGGUUCAGACAGAGGGACAAUACCAGUUCUGCUACCGGGGCAGUCUGGAGUACUCGGAAAGGUUCGAUCACUAUGCAACAUAAACCCGACUGGCCGCCUCUCUCAUGCCACAUCCCACCUAGUGCACUUUUCUUAGGUCACGAGCGGCCUAAAACAAGGCACUAGGCUGCAAUGUGUCUUGUGAAGAUUUGUUUGCGACCGAAUGCAGAGUGAAGGGGACCCGCCGGCUCAGAAACAGCACCUCUAACUGAGCCAUAGCAACCUGCUUGACCAGGGUGUUUCCUCUCACCCUCAGCCCAAACUCACCCGUUGGUCAGUCUGAAGAAGCAACUUCAACCACUGUUCCAAUCAGAAUACUUGAUCAAAUCUUGCUUUUCUUUUCCUUUGCUUUUGUAAUUGGUUUCAGUGCUUUUGUUUGGGUGUGGAACUGUCUCACCUCGUCCACCGCCAGUGUAGCAUCACCAACAUGGACACAGGACCCGGCUGCGAUAUUUAGCCGUCACGAGAAACUUAGAUUUGUCUAUGUUGAGUACAGGAGGAGCCUUCGUUUCCAUCUCGUGGACUGAAGGACUUUUGAGCACCAGAGAAGGGCCAACGGGAGGCUGAGCCCACCGAGCACACAGCAUUCAGAAGACCGAGGAUAUACAUCCCAGGAGAAGACACCCAGCUGUGUUCUGUUUCCACUUGUUUAGGGAACGAGAAACAAGCUAUUUCUACCAUACAGUAAUAAAAACCACCGGUUCAACCUUAUGCUUCAUGUUCUAAGAUAAGGGAAGCCUGACAGGGGUUUUACAUGCGUAACCACAGAGUAAAACAUUCAUUUAGUUUUCUAGAGAGAUAAAUAUAGAUAUGUGACUAUGUUGUUGUUGUUUUGUUUCAAACUGGCAAUUCUUUAUGGCAUGUCCUGUUUUUUUUGUUUUAACAGAUUCUCGACUCCGUCGCCACUGACAACACAAAGUUGUGUUUUUUACCCGUCUGUGUAACACGAUGAGCUGUAGCGUUAAAAGCAGAAAAAAGGUGAAACGGUUUUAAAGUGUAAUAUCAAACUAGUGUGGAAAAUGUUCACAGUUCUAUAAACGCCACCGUUGAGUGUCACUCCCGUAUCCUCUAAGCCACACACACACACACACACACACACACACACACACACACACACACACACACACACACGCUCCUCGCCGAGUGCGUCUGUGUGCCGGUCGAGCCGAAGGCCGGACGGAAGCACAGAGAGCAAAGUACGUCUAUUUAUGCCUCCAAUGAGCGUCGCGUGGGGGGGGGGGGGUGGGAAGGGGGGGCAGGGGGGCGAUGGUGUUGGGACGGCAUCGGCGUUCUCACCUGUGACUUCUCUCUCUGUCUGAUUCAGUGUGCAAUAAGUAGAUGUGUGAUAUAUAUUUUUGUGUGUUGUCACUAACUGCAGUUUUACGUCAUUACGAAGACGACGAUAUCGACGACGCGUCUUUUUCCAGACACGAAGAUGUGACGCAAAGAUGUUACAAAACGAGUCUCGUGUCCAAACAGAGGGACGACCUCUGACCUCUUCUCGUGUCACCACUCCAGUAGAGGAUGUCAUACUUCUGUGUGUCAUGGCUACCAAGGGAUGAUCAAACUCAUACUUCAAACAGCAUCUAAUAAGUAUUUUGAUUUUAGAUUUCUAGUGCCUUAUAUUACACGCCUAUUUUGAUAACGUUACUUUAAAGGGUUCUUUUGUGUAUUUUCCGUGUGUGUGCUUUUGAACGGAACGGAUGUGCAUAUGAUUUCGUUAUGUUACAGUACGUUUAGGUAUCUUGUGCGUCGUGGCUGUGAAUCUUUGUGUGGAAGUUGCACAGUUGGACUCAUCACUUUCCCAGCAGCAACGCGGUCACGUCACUUUUAAUCAAACAGUCGUGACAUCAGACACGGAACUCGUUUGGAACCUGAUCAUAAGCGGGAUGGUCUGAUCAUUUUGUAUGUCGACAGCUUCCUCUCCGUUCCCGGGACGUGUGCACAGGCUUUAUGUAUUUCACCCGGGCCUCGGUUGGCCCGCCGUCACGUUCUGGCCACUUUGACGCCGCAGCGACUUACUCGGCCGUGUAGAAAUGAGGAAGAUCUUUUGUCCGUUUGGGGAAAAGCUGAAUAUGAAAACGCACAGAUACCCGAGGCCUCCUCCUGAAGUCACGCUGCUCCUCCGUGUUCCUCAUUCUCACGUCAACAGUCCCACCAUUUCGUUUCCUUUCUAACAACAAAGGCUGAGAGAAGUUCCGGUGCUACGUCUCCAACUACACAGAAACCAUCUCUUCUUUUCUUUUUGUAUCUCUGUUGGCGCUUCACCGCGUACGGGGUCGCUGACGGAUUCCCACCAUCUUACAGUAACCCUGUUGUCGUUUUUUGUAUGCAUGGUACCACUUUUGAGAUGCCCCUUUGGUCGCACCUGUUACGGGAAGACUUGCACUUUCUCUCUUUGUACUAUGCACUAAUACUAGUAUCCUAUUAUCUGCGAUGGCCCCUCCCCUCACAAAGGAGUUUUACUUGAACUCAGUCAAAGUGGACCCUGUAAUGCUCACAUGGUUGUUCAUAUGUAAAUAACACAAAACACAGAGAGUAAUUGAAAUGCAUAAAUAAAUCAAUGCAUAGAUAAUUAAGGUAAAGAGUGAAUAGGAAUCAGAGUGAUAUAAUAAAACGAUGCACCUGAAAUCACAGUUUAUGGCACAGCAGUAUGUGCAAUACGUCACUUUGUGGAUUUGUUGUACCACAAAGAAGUUUCACAAAGAAAGUGUUCUAUUUUACCCCCUAAUGUAUAAUGUAGAUGGAUAAAACGAGUUUAUAAAUUGUAUAAUAAUUAAAAUAUGGUGUUACUUGGAUCGAUUACCUUUAAUUGGUCUGUAAAUGUAAACUUUAUUUUGGGGUUUGUUUUCUGCUCUGGGUCAACAAGUGCUUUUUAUUUUCCUACAUUGGUUCCUGGAGCGUGUGAAAACCGAAAAAACAGGUCUGUAUGGAUUUCUGUUCUCUGUCGACACAAGUUUCAUUUGUUACAAAUAAACUCAAGUGAAAUAAUA